GAGAGCGUUCGUCAUCUCGUAUUCUCGUCAUUCGAAGAUCCAAUUCGAGUCUCUAUCGCUUUCCCGUAGAAAACGUUAGUGCAGAUUGAAAUCUUCGGCGGAGGCGGAGCUGUGCUCUAGAUAGCCCAACAGAGCGAAUCGUGGCUUCUUCAGGGUCACAGAGCCUGUCUCGGAGGAAACCCUCGUCCUCUUCUUCCUCACAACAAACCCCAGUUUCAAGGCCGACUCGGAUUGUUUACAGAGGAUCACUACAACCUUCUAACUCCGAUCUCCCUUUCUGGCAGCAGACCUGGUUCAUCAUCUUCCUCUUCUUCAUGGCCAUCUCCUUCUUUGCCCUCGCUAUUUUUCUCUACCUCGGUCUUGACUUGGAUCAUACCUCUCCUUCUCCCGCUUCAGCUGCUACCUCGGAAGGUGUUGAGAUUACGUAUGGGACGGUGCUUAAGUUGAUGCACGAGAGGACGAGGUUCCGGCUGCAUUCACAUGAUGUGCCUUACGGCUCUGGCAGUGGACAACAGUCGGUUACUAGUUUUCCCAACGUUGAUGACUCGAAUAGCUACUGGGUCGUUAAGCCUGUGCCUGACUCAUCUGCCAAACAAGGUGAUAGAAUCAAAAGUGGAACUAUAAUCAGGUUGCAGCACAUGAGAACGCGGAAAUGGCUACACAGCCACCUGCACGCAUCACCAAUAUCGGGCAACCUUGAGGUUGGUUAACAAUUGAAUUCACUAUUCUUGGUCA